AUACCGCACGCACCAGGCGAAAAAUGAUAACUCACACAGUGUGAUCGGAGACGCGCUAGGCUACAGUUGCUUACGAUGUAUUAUCUAUUGCUUGUAUUUAUAUUUAUCACGAGUGGAUUAUGUAUGUCGAUUGUCAAUCCUGGACCAAGAUUCCCCCCGACCAAGGGGGAAGUGUGGCCUAAGCCCCAAGAAGAAAUCAAGGACACCGCCUUUUAUAAAUUUAACCCCUCGCAUUUCAGUGUGAAGGUGACGGGUCACAACUGCACGAUUCUUGCCAAAGCGAUUGAGCGAUACUCUUAUAUAAUAAAGAGUAAGAAUGGUGUUCGACGGUCACUCGAGCCCCGGCGGAAGAAGAAGAGUGCACACAGAAGCAGCAGCUACCAGGGUCGACUGGCCGGUCUGGAUGUGGAGCUCACGGCGCCCUGCGAAGAGUAUCCGCACUUUGAAAUGGAUGAGAGCUAUAAUUUGAACGUAUCAGCCACAUCAGUUUUGAGAAGCUCUUCAAUAUGGGGCGCCAUUCGAGGGCUUGAGACAUUCGCACAGUUGUUUUACUUAACAGAUGAUCGUAACGAACUGCGCGUGAACAAAACACAAAUAUCGGACUACCCGCGUUACUCUCACAGAGGUCUGCUGCUGGACACCUCCCGUCACUACAUCUCUAUGAGCACCAUCCUGAAGUUGUUGGACGCGAUGGCUAUGAACAAGAUGAACGUGUUCCACUGGCACAUUGUAGAUGACCAGAGCUUUCCGUACCAGAGUGAAAGAUUUCCUGAAUUGAGUGGGCAAGGUGCUUACGAUCAAUCCAUGGUAUACAAGAAGGAGGAUAUAGAGAGUGUAGUGGAAUACGCUAGAAAUCUCGGCAUCAGGGUCAUUCCGGAGUUUGAUGUGCCUGGACACACUCGAUCAUGGGGCAACGCGUUUCCCAGCGUUCUGACCGAGUGCUACAGCCAAGGCAACGUGAUAGGCCUGGGGCCCAUGGACCCCACGAAGAACAUCACAUACAAGUUGCUGCGUGACCUUUUCCAAGAAGUACAGGAGUGGUUCCCCGACAAAUACUUUCACAUUGGUGGAGACGAGGUCGAACUGGAUUGCUGGAGAUCAAACCCCGAACUCCGCGAGUACAUGAACCAGAACAACCUGACAGUCACGGAUCUACAUUCCAUGUUCAUGCGACAGGCCAUCCCCUUGCUGGCGAAUGAUUCCGAAGUCGUUGUGUGGCAAGAAGUGUUCGACGAAGGCGUGCCUCUGUCAACCGACACCCUCAUUCAGGUGUGGAAGGGAAGCUGGAUCAGCGAAAUGGUCAAUGUGCUGACAGCAGGUCACCGGCUGAUAUUUUCUUCUACGUGGUACCUGGACGCAAUGAGUAGCGGCUGGACUGAUUACUACUGGGCGGACCCGAGACAGAUGGUGUAUGACGUCACCUAUAACCAGACGCUCCUCAAUGGAAUCGUGGGAGGGGAGGCGUGCAUGUGGGGGGAAAUGGUUGAUGACAGAAAUGUCAUGAGCAGGGUAUGGCCCCGAGCUAGCGCCGUGGCUGAGAGGCUCUGGAGCGCCAACACAAUAGGCCGACGCUCAAUGUACGACUCGAUCCCACCUGAAGUAUACCACCGCAUCGAGGAACACACCUGUCGCAUGAUUCGACGCGGUGUGGAGGCGCAGCCGCCAACGGGACCAGGAUUUUGCAUCCCGUGAACUAAUCUUACAAUUCUAGUGCUGUUGACACGGACUAGUAAAAAAAUAAGGACUCCAUGUCACCUUACAUAACAGUGUAGCACCAAAACAAGACGAUAUAUAUGUAAAUACAUAGCCGCACGCACACACUUACACUACUACAGGCCGAUAGGCGGCCAUUAUGAGAAUUGUCAUCGUCUGUGACAGAUCAGUUUCAGAAUAGAUGAGACGGCGCGGAGUCCUUCUUUUUUUACUAGUCCGUGGCUGUUGAUAUAAUAAUUAAAUAGUACCUACCUACCUACUUAAUAGUAAAACUAUAAUUUUGAAA